CUCGCCGUCCCACCAGCCAUGUUCAGGAACAAUUACGACAACGAUUCGGUGACCUUCUCGCCGCAAGGCCGAAUCUUCCAAGUUGAAUAUGCACAAGAAGCAGUCAAGCAGGGCUCAGUUGUCGUCGGCAUAGUCAGCAAGACACAUGCAGUACUGGCUGCGAUCAAGCGAAAUGCCGAAGAACUUUCCUCUUACCAGAAGAAAAUCAUCCCAAUAGACUCGCACUUUGGCGUUGCUCUUGCCGGUCUCGCCUCCGAUGCCCGCGUUCUCUCCAACUUCAUGAAGCAGCAGUCACUCUCAUCCCGCCUUACGUAUGACCGCGCGAUUCCCCUCUCCGACAUCACCUCUCGCAUUGCCGACCGGGCGCAGACGAAUACUCAGCAGUACGGACGGCGGCCAUAUGGUGUGGGCUUGCUGAUCGCCGGUGUGGACGCAAAGGGCCCCCAUCUAUUUGAGUUCCAACCUAGCGGCGUUACGCAGGAGAUGGUAGCUUGCGGAAUUGGUGCGAGGAGCCAAAUGGCGAGGACUUACCUAGAGAGGCACCUGGAUGAAUUCGAAAGCUCAAGCCGGGAGGAACUCAUCAAGCAUGCGUUGAGGGCGUUGAAGGAGUCUCUGUCGCAAGACAAGGAACUUACCGUCGACAAUACUAGUGUUGGGAUCGGUGGUUUGGACGAGAGCUUUGUACUGUAUGAGGGCCAGGAUCUUACCGAGUGGCUGGAUGCUACAUUCGAAAACAGGGAAGGUGGCGGUGACGAGGGUGGCGAUGCCAUGGAGACUGAUUCAUAA